CAGGACGCUCAGUAGCCAGUAGUGAACGACAACUCGAACGGGAUGGGUUCACCCGCAGAUCGGUGCGCAAGGACCACCGUCCUGAUAGUGCUGUUAUCACUAGCAGCGUGUGGUCGGGUCUGUAGCGCCAAAGUCUACACCAAGUGUCCGCUAGCCCGGGCCCUGGACAGCGAGCAGAUCUCGUCGCGCACGCUCAUUUCCAACUGGGUCUGUCUGGUGUUGGCCGAAAGUGGCGGCGACACCAGCAAAGUGACGGUCCUCAACAACCAGUGGUCCAGCUACGGGAUAUUUCAGAUCAGCAGCAAGACCUGGUGCCGGGAAGGCCGCAAGGGAGGCCGCUGUGAAAAGGCGUGCGAAGACUUCCUGAACGACGACCUGACGGAUGAUGCCGAGUGUGCGAAGCUGAUCUACAAGGACGGUGGCUUUGCCGCCUGGAAGGGCUGGGUCAGCAAGUGCAAACAGAAGCCCCUGCCGGACUUGUCCUCGUGCUGGACCUGAUCCCCUGGACGAGCGGAGCCGAGCCAGAGUGUGGCCAGAGAAAUGGGCCCAAUAAACGUUGCGUCAUAAUCAGUUCAAUUAGGAAUCUCAUGUAGCACCCUGCUGCAUCGUAUCGUCCAAUAGAUAGGGAGGGGGCCAAUCGGUUUCUGUUUGUUCUCUAGCCAAAUUGCGUUAUCUACACCCCGAUACGGGAGGCGGCGAGAUCAUUUUUUGAUUGUCUA